AUGUCGGAGUCGAACAGGCUAGCGACGGAAAGGUUGGAGUCGGAAGCCAUGGAGGUGGACGCAACUGCCGAUCCUGCUGUGGCCGACAAUAUGGAAGCCGACCCAGCAGCUCGGGAAGCGCUCUCAUCUGAAGCGUCAUCUGCAGGGACAGAAGCACCGCCUGAGGUGAGAGCUGCUGCUAACAGUCUGCUGCCGGACGAUCAGGACUCGCCGCUGCACCAAUCGGGAACACCUCCAUCUGCACACCCGAUCAGGAACGGGGAAGGUGCCACAUCGGCCGAAAAAGAAGAAGAGUUGCCUGUCGAGCUGGUACAGUCUAGAAGCGAUGACGAGGAGCAGCAAGCUGAGAAGCCUCAAGGCGAACAAGAAGAUGCAGAUGAUGACGACGACGACGGAGAUCUGUUCGGGGAUGAUGAUGAGAACGUCGAGGAUGUUGGUGCUGAACAGGCCGUCAAAGCGGUAGCUGUCGGCGAUACGGACGAUGAUGACGAUGCCGUAGUAAGGCAGACUGGCAGGCGAAGAACGGCGUAAGUGAAGGAUCUGCGUGUAUGCGUGGUUAGGCCAGCUAAGCUUGGCUUGUGCAUUUCUCACAUUGUAUGAGGUUCUCCUCCCAGCGCUGCUUCACCCUCCCCCGCUCGUUCAGCCUCCUUCAUCUCAAAGGACGAUGAAGAAGCCGCGGCCUCCAAAAGAAGGCUGGAGCACUUGGAAGACGAUGCUCCCAUGGGUACUGGGAUGACCCAAGAAGAUGCGGAAGCUCAAGCAGAAGCGGAGAUGGAGCAGCAUGCCGAUUUCUCCCUGCCAUCCCUUCCUGUCCGCAGAGGUGCGCCACACUGGAUCACCAAAUUACCAAAUUUUGUGGGCUUUCAGACAACGCCCUUUGAUACGAAGACCUUCGAUAUGAGCAGUGAUGAAGCGGAAAUCAUGAGGACGAGGGAACAAAUUGCUCGGAUCCAGGAUCCUGGUCUUAGGGCGACAGUAGCGAGCACUUGCACCAUGCGGUGGAGAUGGGCACCAGAGAAAGACAUCAACGAAAGCGGCAAAAGGGUAAGUAGCUGCUAGCAGCGCGAUCUGCAAAACUAACCCCCGGCCAUGGUUGAUGUACCGACACUGACACUGCGUCAUCUUGUGCUCAUAGCUGCGACAAUCGAACACACGAGUGGUACGAUGGAGCGAUGGAACAUUAUCCUUUCAGCUGGGCGACGAGCUGUACGACAUUACUCAGAUACCCGAGCCAGGCACACGUGGAGCGCCACGCGAAGCGAACGUGCAAUCCAGGCCGCAAGCGGAAGGUCCUAGUGCCCAAGCCAGUCAGCGCGGAACAGAUGGAUCAGCCGCAAGAUACUCUACCAGUACCGCUCCGUCGACAUACCUCUUCGUUCAUCACAGCGAUGACAUCGAAGCUUCGGAAGGCCCCAUCGCAGGAUCCAUGGUUCUCAGACCGACAGACACCCAAUCAGAGACCCACAGGCGUCUAGCUCGAGCAGUCAAGCAUUCACGAGGUGCGAGAGUGACCCAAAUGGCUUUCGACACGAGGGCCAAAGACCCAGAGGAAGAGAAGGCUGCUCUCGAGAAGCAAAAGAGGUUGGAAAGCCUAAAGGCUGCUAAGAAGAGAAGACAGAAUGCUGGUCUGAAUGGCUUGGGAGCCGCAGAUGAAGAAUUUUGGGACUCGCGAGCAGGCAGAAGAAGGCUUGGCAGAGCUGGAGCCGAUUACGAUCAAGGAGCGACUUACGCCUCUGACGAAGAGGAAGAAGCUGCGCUCAGCGGGGAUGUAGAAGGCGAUGACGUGAGUGUCUGUGACUGACGGGUAUCCACACGUGCUAUAAUAAAUUGACGGGCGCAGCUGAGCUAAACACACUCGUGGCUCGAUGUCUCGUACUGCAGGGUUUCAUCGUGUCCGACAAGGGCUCGCCAUCUUCCGAAAAGUCGGCGCAGGACGACAUGGACGUGGACGAUGAGCCAGACGACCUUGAAAGGGCUGAGAAAAGUAUCGUGAGUUGCACGGAUCCACUCUCGCUCCCGGGCGCAAGGGCCACAAGACCUCAUUGACCUUUCUGCCUCCAAUUGAUUUACUACUUCAGGAGGACGCGGCUUUGCGCAAAGCUGAAGCAGAUGCCCAGCAGCUGACUGCAUCCACACAGAAUGGUGACACUGCUGGGGAUGUGGCCAAGGAGCGCUCUCGCAGGAGGGUCGUAGCUGACAGCGAAGAUGAGGAAGAGUGA